GAUGCGACUAAUCCUUCAUAUUUGUACUUCCAGCAGUAUAGAGAUCGUGUAGUUAAAAGAGAAAUAAAUCAAGUACAUGUAAUAACAUAACUAGACCUAUAACUAUGGACAAUAGUAUAUAUCGUGUAUAUGCAAUAUCAUACCUAAACCUAUAAUUAUGGAAAAUAGUAUAUCUAAUGUAUGGGCCAAUAUGUCCCGAAUAGCUCAAGUUAGGGCUCUUCGCGUAGCCUUAGCAGCGGGUUUUGCGAUGCAGGUUUCAAUCAGUGUGUAUACACAGGCCGUGGGACCUACUAACAGGACUGUGUCUAACAAGCACCUCACAUUGUUAACUCCUGCAAGUUAUGCAUAUAUGCUUUGGGGAUUUAUUUGGACACUUCAGGCUGUAUACGUUGUGCACACAUGCGUAUCAAAUAUAACCCUGGACAUCAGAUUCCGCUUUGCAGAGCGGCUUAUUCCUCUGCUGAUAUCAGUGUGGCUGUUUCAAUCACUAUGGCAACUCAUGAUUAGAUGCUAUCUAUUCAUGCCAUGUACCAUAGUUAUUUUCAUAGCAACGUUAUUGGGGGCUGUAUCAAUUGGAAUGUGCGAACACGUAUUCGCUGCUCGUGGGCCGCUGACAGGAUUUCCUUACCGACAACAAACGAACUGGGCCGAAAAUGUUCUGUACGCAAGUCUAUGCAUCAACACAGCUUGGUUAGGUGUAG